AUGUCUGAAUCAUUUCAAACCACCAAAACCACCCGUUCUACCCGUUCCAAAGCCAAAACUGAAGCAUCAAAGAUCAUUAGUGAUGUUGUACCCCUUACCACCAUGCAUGCAAGUGACAUUCAACCUCAAUCAGAUGUUGCAGAGAAAAAGGGAAAAACAAAAUCUGUUGAAAAGAAGAGGAAAACGGCAAAAGUAAGUGAAACUCUUUCUUCUACUGUUGUUGAAUCUGAAAUUAAGGGUUCUAAAAAGAAAAGAAGAAAUUAUGAGUCUAGAAUCCCUCUUACUAUGUCUGAUUUGGUGUUUGAAUCAAAUGUUACCACAUCUGUGGAAACAUCUGCAAAACCUGUUAUUGACCCUUUGAACCCUAAAUCUGAUGAGGCGAAAAUUGGUGAAACUGUCAACCCUAGUUCAGUUGAAACCAAAACCACUGAGAACCCAACCACUGUUGACCCUAAAUCAUCUGAGAAUUUAGGGAAUGUUGCUGUGAAUGAUGUUGUUGUCUCUUCUGAUAAUGUGCAAGCUGAUACUCAAAAUAAUCCUGAACCCACUGAUGAACCAACCCUUGCUGAGAUUAUGAUUAAAAUGGCAAAUCAAACUGUCCCAGAAAAAGAUGCUGUACCAGUUGUUGGGACAUCUUUGAACCCACAGAAGGUUGUUGAUACUGUGUUGGAGGAAACUGCUCUGAAAAAUGAUGUUGAGAAAGAUGUUGGGACAACUGUCACACCAUCAGUCUCUUUUGAUGAAGACUCAGAUCCUGAUGAGGAAGGUACUACAGAAACAGAAGAAGAUACUCAGUCUGAUGAGAGCAAUCAAGAUACUCCUACUGGUGAAAAGGACAAUGCUGCUGAUAAGUCUCUGGAUACUGGUAAGGAAAAGACAGAUGUUGUUGAUGUUGACACAUAUGAACUUGUAAAGAGGACUCCCAUUAAGCCUCUUGGUGGAAUAACAAAAAGGUUGAGAAGUAGCUCUGGACAUGCUAUCCCUACUUCUAGCACUGCUACUGCACCUAGAUCCAAAACCACUGGUGUUGGACCUAAGAAAGGAUGGAGUAAGGUUUCUGUUCCUUCAAGCAAGAAGAAGGAAAGUUUAAAAAGGAAGAAAGCUUCCUCAAGUGACACAGAUUAUGAUGUUGCAGAAGAUGUUCCCCACAUCUCCUCCCCCAUAUCCAAAAAGAAGUCUGCUGUAAAGAAGUCUAGCCAAGCUGUUGAAGAAGCACCCUGUGACAACAUUUCAUUCCAUCGUGCUGCCUUUGCCCAAAGAUGGGACUUUGUCUAUUUUAGAAGAUUGGCUGUAGAAAGAGAACUGACUAGAGAUGCCCUCAAAAGUCAGGACAUCUUUGACCUCAUCAAAGAUGCAGGGUUGCUGAAAACUAUAAGUGAGUUUAGUGCUUGCUAUGAACUGCUGGUAAAAGAGUUUUUGGUCAAUAUUCCUGAAGAAUGUGACAAUCCACUCAGCAAAGAUUAUCACAAGGUGUAUGUCAGAGGUAAAUGUAUCAACUUUUCUCCUACUUUGAUCAAUGAAUAUCUAGGAAGAACUGUUGAAUCUAAGCCUGAGCUGGAAGUAAGCAACAAUGCUGUUGGUUCUGAGCUUACUGGUGGCAAGAUCAAGGUAUGGCCCAAAAGCAAUCUUAUACCCACAAGCAAAUUGAUUGUCAAGUAUGCCAUCCUGAAUAGGAUAGGGUCUACAAAUUGGGUGCCAACCACACAUGCAACAAAUGUUGCCACAGGUUUGGGUCGUUUUAUCUAUACCAUAGGAACCAAAUUUAAUUUUGAUUAUGGAUCCUUUAUAUUUGACCAAACUGUUAAACACAUUAGAUCCACUGCCAUUAAGAUGCCCAUUGCAUUUCCCUCUUUACUGUGUGGUAUUAUUUUGCAUCAACACCCUGAUAUAAUCAUUGCAACUGAUGCUCCCAUGAAAAGGCCAAAGGCUUUUACUUUUCAUCAUAAGCUGUUUGGAAACCAUAAUGUGGCAGACAUUGUUGGGACAUCACACCAGUCUACUGGUGCAACUGCCCUUAUGUCCAGAUCAGAGAUCAUUGCUGCUCUAAAAAGUCAGUGUCAGGAGCUGGAUAAGCAGAAGGACAAGAUUGAGGAGAAGAAGCUGAUGUUUGUCAGAAUGAUCCAGACUUUGGAGGCUGAGGAUGCUGCUGUAAAAGACAAUGCUGUUGCUGAGGGUGAGCCUAAAGAUGAUGAUGAGGAUGAGAACUCUGAUACUGUGAUUGCUACAGAUGUUGAAGAUGAUGACUCCAGUGACAGUGCUGAAGAAUGA